AAAGCUAAAGAUGUCGGGAAGUAGAAAACGUAAAAAGGGAACCCAAACGGCCGACGGGAAAGUUGGUUUGUUCUCCGCUUCAAUUCUCGACCACGCGUUGACUAGCCGCGCUUUGAAGGACUGGAUAUCGGACCUAACUACCCUCGCUGCUUGGGACCUUGCUUUCGAAUUGUUUCAUUUUGUUAAGGCCGUUGACGACCCCACCUUCCAACACUCAGAAGACCAGCGUGCCCUCGCGAUGCUGAUCCAGGCCUACGACGAGGUCGCGGGGCCGCUUCCGACGUUUCAGGAUUACUUUUUCGUGGGGUCCAUGGAAAGUUUUGGCCGCUCAAUCCUGCAGUCGGGGAGCGAAAUGGCGUCAACGUCAGACGCCGAGUACAGUGACUGGCACCUGCACCAGAAACUUUCUCGCCCCGACGGACUUGCCGCGUUGAGAAAGAAGUGGAGGAUACAGGAUGACAACCACGCGAGGAAAGUCCAUUUGCCGUGGUGUGAGGAUCUGUCGAUGCGUUGGAGUCUGGUGGCGAUCGCGUGCUCAAGAUACGAAACUACCUUUUGCCCAGGUCUUGUCCAUUGGCUGUUGACGUCGCCAGCUGCAGAGUGCUUCGACACGACGAAAGAGGCGAGCACCGGCGAGCACCAUUGUAUUCAAACCACUUUUCUUGAUGCAGACAAAAAUCACACACUCCUGCACGUUCUCGCGGGAGUUGCUGCAGCCGCGGGGGAUGCUCAAGAG